AUGAAUUUUCAAGCAACAGAUUAUUUAAACGAUCUUAAUCUAGAUUUUGAAACCGUGUCGCCAAACACAGAACAUUCUUCCAAUGAUUUGGAUUUGUUUAGUCAAUCAGAAUUUUUUGACUUGGAUGUCUUCGCUAAGGACUCCGUGGCACCAACCAAGCAACAGCAAUAUUCCAUAAAACAAGAACAAGAACCAGACCAGGAUUUUGGAUUAUUAUUGAAUUUGGAUGAAUCACAGGAGAGUCCUAUGAGCUUGGAACAAGAACAGGCGUUCGAACAACAAUCUCCUUCAGAAUCAUCGGUUGAAGACAAAAGGAAAAGAAAUACCGCAGCUAGCGCCAGAUUCCGUAUCAAGAAGAAGAUGAAGGAACAGCAAAUGCAACAAAAAUCCAAGGAAUUACAAGACAGAGUAAUGGGGUUGGAAAAGAAAUUGAAAACCUUAGAAAUGGAAAAUAAAUGCUUGAAAAACUUGAUAGUGAAACAAAACGAACAAAAAAAUAACGAUUUGUUGGAGAACAUCAAAAAGAGAUCCAUAGUUGAAAGUUCUUCCACAUUCCAAUAUACAAAAUAA